GCGCUUGGGAGCAGGCGAGGCGAGACAAGGGGGCCUGGUCUGCGCAUGCGCACUCGGGGAAGGAGGGGAGGAGGAGGCCUCUGCUUGCCUGCCUGCUUGCUGCCACUGGAGACUGAGAGAGAUGGCUGACAACAAGCGCCUGGCCUUCGCCAUCGUCCGAUUCCUGCAGGAUCAGCUCCAGGACGGAGGCCUCUCCCCGGAUGCCCAGGAGAGCCUUGAAGUGGCCAUCCAGUGCCUUGAGACAGCCUUUGGGGUCUCCAUGGAGGACCGGCGCCUGGCCCUCUCCCAGACACUGCCAGAGAUCUUUGAAGCAGCCGCCGCAAAGGAGCCUCAGCAAGACACUCCGAACCUGGAACCGGUCACUCCCUCGGAAGAAGACGCGGCCGAAGCUGAGAGGCUAAAAGCUGAAGGGAACGAGCAGAUGAAAGCGGAGAACUUUGAAAGUGCUGUCUCCUUCUACGCCAAGGCCAUUGAGCUCAACCCCUCCAAUGCUGUCUACUACUGCAACAGGGCCGCCGCUUACAGCAAGCUGGGGAACUAUGCCGGGGCCGUGCGGGAUUGCGAGAGAGCCAUCCACAUCGACCCCAAGUACAGCAAAGCCUACGGGCGGAUGGGCCUGGCGCUUUCCAGCCUGAACAAGUUCUCGGAGGCGGUGGUCUACUACCAGAAGGCCCUGGAGCUCGACCCCGAGAACGAGACCUACAAGUCCAACCUCAAAGUGACCGAACAGAAAAUGAAGGAGGCCCCCAGCCCGACAGGGAGCUCCGGGGGCUUCGACUUGGCCGGCCUCCUCAACAACCCCAGCUUCAUCAACAUGGCAGCAAACCUGGUGAACAACCCACAGUUGCAGCAAUUGAUGUCGGGGGUGAUUUCGGGAGGCCAAGCCGCCAGGGCUUCCGCCUCCUCCUCCUCUUCGGCCCCCGGAGCCGCCGCUGGCCCCAACGACCUUGCCAGCCUCAUCCAAGCAGGCCAACAGUUUGCGCAGCAGAUGCAGCAGCAGAACCCGGAGCUCAUCGAGCAGCUGCGGAGCCAAAUCCGGAGCCGGACCCCCAGCGCUAGCAACGAGGAGCAGCAGGAAUGAGGGGAGGAAAUGGAAGGAAGGAAGGACGGAAGGACGGAUGGAAGGAAGGAAGGAAGGAAGGAGAGAAAGAGGGAAGCCAGAGGGCUGCUGCUGCUCUUCCUUCUUUGGAUCUUUAAGGCGCUGUCAAUAGAAAAACAGAACCAAUUGUCGUGUUCCUUGCAGGGUGUGUUGAUCAUGUUUUUAUGUUGUUGUUUUUUUUUAUUAAUGGGGUGGAGGAGGAAGCACGGCGCGUAGGGCGUCUUUAUUCCAGUAUUUUGGGGGCAUGAUUUCACAAAUAUUUCACAUGGCGGCUGUCCCCACAAAGCCUUCUGGCAGCCUUUCCAAAACAUUGGCCUCCUUCCUUCCUUCCGUCUUUCCAUCUUUCCUUCCUUCCUUCCUCUCUCCCUCCCUCCCUCCUUUCCUCCCCCUCCCAACCUAUUUUUUUAAAACGUAGGAAAUAAAAUCCUUUUGACACUC